ACGGCGUCCAGUCUAGGCUUAGCGUGGGGACGCGAUACCGGGUCGGACCUAUUUGGCGCAAAUAUUGAUUCCUACGGCGAUCAAGUGCCCACGGGCAGGAUGGUGGAUGACAAAGAAGUCCUCUGCAAAAUGUUUGUAGGAGGCCUCUCCUGGGACACGACCAAGGAGGGCCUCCAAACAUACUUUUGCCGUUUCGGUGAAAUUGUGGAUUGUGUCGUGAUGUCCAACGAUCAAGGAAGAUCUCGUGGAUUCGGAUUCGUCACGUUUAAGGAUCCUCAGGUUGUGCAAGUUGUAUGCCAAGGAGGGCCGCACCGGAUCGAUAACCGCGUGGUAGAUCCGAAACCAUGCAACCCACGCGGUGGUCCGGGCAAAGGUGGCGGCAAACGCGGUCGAGGCUAUCCAAAGAUAUUUGUUGGCGGAUUGCCGACAUCGCUUAGCGAAAACGAACUGAAACAAUUUUUCCAGGAACACUAUGGCGACGUGUUCGAAGUGGUGAUUAUGUACGAUCAGGAACGCCGCAAGUCUCGAGGCUUUGGAUUCGUGUCCUUUGAAAACGACGACGCCGUCGAACGGGCUUGUAGGGAUCACUACGUAUCAAUCAAUGGAAAACAGGUCGAGUGCAAACGUGCCCAGCCGCGUGACGUACUUGAGUCAAAGAUGGGGACACCCGUUGGACCACAGGGAGGACCUCGUGGCGGAGGCGACUUCUAUGCGUACGGCACCCCUGCCGGACCAAGAGGACCUCCCCAGGGACCACCUGGUGAUUUCCGCAACGGAGGCUUCGGAGGAGGAUGGGGUGCACCUGGACCGCAGGAAGGCCCUACUCCUUAUUCAGGUGGAUAUGGUGGCCCGCAAACGGGUCCAGGUGGAGCGUGGGGCCCCCCUCCAGCUGCACCACCUCAUGCAGGGUGGAGCAGCUCUCAGCCACCAAGCAGUUACCCACCGGGACCUGGCUAUGCAGGGCCUGGUCCUGCUGCCGCAGCGGCCGCUCCUGGAUAUGGUGGUUACGGUGCCCCGGCAGGUAGUUACGGCCCACCAGGCGGCCCUACUGGGCCCGCACCGCCCGCUCCAGCCUACGGUGGUUAUGGAGCUCCGGGAGGUCCUGCGCCAGCGCCGCCUAAUGGUUACAACAAUAUGGGUGGAAAUUAUGGUCAGGACGCUUCGAGCUAUGGACCUACCCGGGGCGCAUAUGACACUUACGGCUCGGCCUAUACAACAGCGACAGCUCCAGGCACUGAGAGGGCCAACGGCGCACCGAUGGCUCCUCCAGGCGCUGCCGGUUCAUACCACCCGUACAGACGGUAGAUCAAACUUGGGACAGCGCGUAGCAGACAAGUCGAUCGUAGGUAAACGCUGACCUUUAUCUUUGAAGGGACAGAAGAGCGGUCGAUGAAUUAAACUCGACUAACACUAAAGUGUACCUAUAGUCGCCAUGGUCCAAAAAUACUAAAGGAGAAAACAAAAAAUGAAUACGAUAUAUUAUCGUCGUCGCAGUGCGGAUAAAAAUCCAUAGCAAAAAAAUAAGACAAAGAGGAGGAGAGCGACACAAAGAGAUCGCGAGAAUGUUUUGAGGGUGAAGUGUCAUUGUUUUGCAUUUUUCCUCUCUUGAACGACAGACACUAGGGCACACAGAUGAGAUGCACGUAAACAACAACAACAACAACAACAAAAUAUCUAUCUAAUGACAUCACACCGACCGAAGCAACAGCAACAAAACAGCUAGGAAGUAUACGAAGGCAACUUUGCACGAUAACUAACGUACAUAAUGUGAAAAAAGGUAUUUCGUUUCAUCAUUCAAUCAAUCAAUCAACCAACCAACCGAUCCAUUCAUCCGUUCAUCAGUCGAUCUAGUUUUUUUUGCUUAACUUCACUCACACACGAAAAUGAUGCUCAGUAAGCCAUAAUUCGCUUACGGGCACACAAGUGCACAGUUUCAACCACUGCAUACACAAGCCCGUUGCAUAAUACUUCCCCAGCUAGAGACGCUCAUUACGUUACACCCAAAAACAGCAGAAGUCAAUCACCAUGCGGUCACUCAUGCAGCCAAAUUAUACAACAGUAUAAUGAGCUAAUAAAAACAAAUAAACAAAGAAGUAAUAGCAAAGAAAGCAAAUACGACAAAAGCAGCAAUGACAGCAGCAAAAAGGUGUAGCAAAAAUAAAACAACAAUUCAUUAGAUUAUGAUUACUGUAAUGAUGAAUGAUGCUGAUGGUAAUGAGGCGAUAACCGUAAAAUAUGUGAAAGACCAAUAAAUAGCAUCACCAUCAAAUGGGGGCACCGUAAUUGUUGCUCUGUAUUAUAUGCUAUUAUUAUAACUACAACUAUUACUAAUAUCAUUUUUACUUUAUUUGCUUGCGACCAAGAUUAUCUGAUCAUGUGUUGUUUUUUGUUUUGUUCUGCGUUCUUGUGCAUCUACAUACGCGCGUAUAUAUAGAUAUAGAUAGACUAGAAACGAUAACAAAUUGCUUACUACGUAAAUUUGUACACAAAUUUCUGCCACGUCGUCAACAAUGAUAAAAUAUAGAACAUCUAUUAAGGCUGAUUAUUUCCCCUUAAUGACGGCAAUACUAGAGGAGUCGGCUCAUGUGCGAGACGACGGGACAUGGAGGCAGCCAAUGUGCAACGUGAUGGGCGAACAUACAUACAAGAAAUAUGUAGUGUAUAGGGUUCGUCAUGACAUUUCGAGAAAGGCGAUGGUACGAAACACUGCUGAUCUGCACGAGGCUAAGUUCCUCAUUUUGAUCUCGUCCGAUUGCUCUGAUCGUCACUUACGUUGAUCUGUGUUGUGUAUCAUUACAUGCUAGUUGACAUAUCUAUAUGCCGUAUAUAGAAUUCGUAGUAAUAGCAUGCGUCCAUACACGAACACGUAUGUAUGGUGAUGGCGAUUGAUCGAUGAACUUGAUAUUCGCUUAGUCCAUCCUCCUCCCCCCCCCCGCCCUUUAGAAUCCCUCUACUCGCGUAACGUGUUCGUGUCGUUUCGUUACUAAAACGUAAUCAACGACAGCAACAAGUUCAGCGACAAGAGCAACAAAGCUUGUUUUACAUUCUACUGUAAUUAUUAUCUAGUACUAGCAUAAUUGCUGCUACUCCUGCUAUACUAUUACUACUCAUGCUAGUAGAAUCAUUACUCAUAAUAAAAUUCCUUCUGUGGGAUUAUAUAGGGAAGACAAGGAUGCGGCAAAAAUGUGGACAACUUUAAAUUCUGUUAGAGAAAAAA